AAGUGGAAAUGCAAUUAUAGAUGAAUUUAUUCUUAAAAAUAGAUUACAAUGGUUUCCUUAUAACAAAUUUAAAAAUGUUGAAUAUCUUAAUGAAGGAGGAUUUGGUACUAUAUAUAAAGCUACUUGGUUAAAGAAUAAUAGAGAUGAAGAAGUAAUUCUUAAAUGCCAUAAGAAUUUAAAUGAAAAUUUAAAUGAAUUUUUAAAAGAAUUGAUAUUAUAAAUUUUUAUGGAUUUACAGAAGAUCCAAAUAUUUCAAAAUAUAUGGUAGUAAUGGAUUACGCAAAUAAAGGUAAUUUAAGAGAAAAUUUAACAAGAAUAGUUAGAAAUAAUUGGAAACAAAAAUUAUAUAUGUUGCACGAAAUUAUUUGUGGACUUAGAAUGAUACAUAGAGCAAAUCUUAUUCAUUGUGAUUUUCAUGAUGGUAAUAUUUUAAAUCAUGGUGAUGAUAAAAUUUAUAUUAGUGAUUUAGGAUUAUGCCAACCUGUAAAAUCAUUUUUGAAAAAGUAUGAUAUUUAUGGUGUAAUGCCAUUUAUGGCUCCUGAAGUUUUAAGAGGCAAAUCUUAUACUCCAGCUAGUGAUAUAUAUAGUUUUUCUAUGAUUAUGUGGGAAUUUACAUCUGGGGUACCACCAUUUAAUGAUAGAGUACAUGAUAUUCAACUUAGUUUAAGUAUUUGUGAAGGUGAACGCCCUGAAAUUAUUGAAAAUACUCCACAAUGUUAUGUGGAUUUGAUGAAAAAAUGUUGGGAUGAAGAUCCAUUAAAAAGGCCAUCUUCUGAAGAAGUUCGCAUUAUUAUUAAUAAAUGGAUUUUUAAACCUGAAAGAAUGAAAAUUAAAGAUAUUAAUGAAGAAUUAAAAUGCAAUAUUAUGGAAUUUAUAAAUGCACCAAUUAGGCAUAACAAUAAUCUUGCUACUGAAUCUCAUCCACAGGCAUAUUAUACAAGUCGUUUACUUAAUUUUACUAGUAAACAAUUGAAUGAAAUUCUUGAAAGUAGAGAUUUACAAAGUCAAUCUACUACUAGUGGAAAAGUGAAUGUAAUUCUUGAAAGUGAAGAUUCACAAGCUUAUUAUAAAAGUAAUUCUAUAACUGAAGAUUUGAAUGAUUGUAUAAUUAAAGAUACGAAUAAUUAG